GAAAUCUCAGUUCCAGAUAGGAAAAUGGAUAUCAUAAGAGCCAAACAGAACAGCAAUAUCUGCAGCUAGAUUAUGCUGUUCAAAAUCCAACACUCUGUAAACCCCUUCCAAACCCCUUUCUUUGUCUCUCUUCCAGCACUAAAAUGGCUUUCCUCCAUAUCCACACGCCACCUCAUAGCAUAACCACCCUCUCAUUCCAUUCCCCACCACCUCUUCGCUUCUCUCUUCCUCACUCCACCUUGAAAACCCACCAACAAAAUUCGCUCUUUUCCACUACCACAACUACCAAGAACACACCUUUCUCACUCUCAAUACACCCAAGAAAGUUGCUUUGCCAACCCCCUCGUGGCAAGCAUGUCAGAGAAGACUAUCUUGUGAAGAAGUUAUCAGCCCAGGAGGUUCAAGAGCUGGUAAAGGGGGAAAGAAAUGUACCCAUUAUCAUUGAUUUCUAUGCAACGUGGUGUGGACCCUGUAUUUUGAUGGCUCAAGAACUCGAAAUGCUUGCUGUGGAGUAUGAGCAAAAUGCAUUGAUUGUUAAGGUUGAUACAGAUGAUGAGUAUGAAUUUGCACGUGACAUGCAGGUCAGAGGCUUGCCAACACUGUUUUUUAUUAGUCCAGAUCCAAGUAAAGAUGCAAUCCGGACUGAAGGGCUUAUCCCAAUCCAGAUGAUGAGGGAUAUAAUUGAUAAUGAGAUGUGAAGGAGCCUUUCAGUGAGUAGCUUGAGUUUUGUAGUUUAUGUAACUCAAAUACUGCAUUGGAAUCAACAAUUUUGUAGCUAUAUUUUGUAUUAUAGACGGGUGGUAGGAACGUUUGGAUGCAGGAAUUUGUUUGCAGUCCACUCAUAUAUACAUCUUAACUAAAAUUGAAUUCUCUUUUUGCCUA